AUGACCGACGACGAUAACACAAACAAGAAUGCUUCGUUACCAUCCUCCUCGUGUUUGUCCUCCUCGUACGAGUCAAUCUUGACUUCCCUUCUUCCCCCCUCGAUAGCCCAUAUCCCAUUGUCGCUGCCCGUGUCUCCCGCGACACCACACAUCCCUUCCGACGCCAUUUCGUCUCUCAGUGUCCACCCGGUUCUCGAGGCGGGUCUACACAUUCUCAAUCUCGAUUUACCCUCCGCACAUUACCUCCUCAGGCACAUGCAGUCCGCGCCAGCGUGGGAGGCAAUGUACUUGCACGGCAUCCUCCACCGGGUCGAGGGGGAUCUCGAGAAUGCCAGAGCAUGGUAUGGUGAUGUCAAGAGUACCGACGUGUUUAAGUUUGUUUGGGAUGAUGAGGAAGAACAGGGCGACGACAGACGUGAGGAUUCAAACUCGAGCCCGAACGAGGAUGCGGGCUACGGAGGAGCUCUAAGAUUUCUAAGCCAAGUCGAAACGUACAAACUGAAACGAUGUCCGGCUUCACACACUACCACCGCCACUGGCCUCGAAGGCGACAUGACACAGAAAUCUCAGAGAGAACUCGAACGAUUCAUGACCUUUUGCGAGGUGAAAUUCGGCACUUCUCCAAUCUCGGACGCGUCGUCGGUGUGGGUUUCAAUGGCCGGGAAGAACAAGGAACAAGCUGCGAACAUGGUCACUGGUGGUGAAGGGUGGAGGGAGUUUUGA